UGAAACGUGGGGAAUCAAUGUCUACACAUGAAAUAUCUUCUCUUCGUGCUUAUGUCAACUUAUGGGAUGCAGUUUGGUGGAAUGACAAAACGUUCGCAAGACUGAUUUCAUUGACUAAUGUUUUAAUGGUUUUAUGGUAUUUUAUUAAUUUAAAACAGAAAACUUAAAGAAAUAGAAAAGCUGAAUAUGAAUACCGAAGUAUUGAAGAACAGUGUAUUUGAUAAUAAUAUUACCUUUUCUUAGUGUCCCUAUAAAGCGUAAAAUAAAUGAUAUAGUCGGCGGGCGAAACUUUUGUCGUCGACUAAUUUGUUGAGUCGAGUAGUCACUAUCAACCCAGCUUGUAAUGAACUCGACUGCUGGCACGAUAUUAAAGGUCGAAAUAUUUUAAGUUUCGUCUCAAACUUAUCACUGAUGUAUAAAUUUCUCUUUAGUACCGACCUGCUCAGAUAACGUGCAAAACGGACUAGAAACAGGUGUCGAUUGUGGUGGCUCUUGUCCUCUCAAAUGUAACAAUUGGUUCUGCGUAUUAGACACUGAGUGUAAAAGCGGCGUUUGCUCGUCACAAACUUGUCAAGGUAGGUAACUACAAAAUUACUGUUUCUUAUACAGAAAGGAGAUUUCAGCGCCUACUUGUAAUGAUGGUGUUCGAAAUGGUGGAGAAAUCAAUAUUGACUGUGGUGGCCCAUGCUUGAAACGAUGCAAUGGCGGCAUUUGUACAUCAGCUGAUGAUUGCUGGAGUGGUGUAUGUGGAAUCAAUAAAACCUGCUCAGGUACAUGAAUUUAUCAAGAAAUUCUUGAACACACACCAUUUAUUUAGCACCCAAGUGUUCCGACAACAUACAAAAUGGAAUCGAAACAGGCAUUGAUUGUGGGGGACCUUGUCCUGAAAAGUGUGGCAACAACCACUGCAUAUAUGAUAGCGACUGUAAUAGCAGCAUUUGUUCGUCGCAAGUCUGUCAAGGUAUAAAACUCGAAGCAAAUGUACUCAGUGUUAAAAUAAAAAGAAAUUGCAGCGUCUUCUUGCAGUGAUGGUGUUCGAAAUGGUGGAGAAAUUGGCAUUGACUGUGAUGGUCCAUGUACGAAACGAUGUAAUGGUCGCGUUUGUACAUCAGCUGAGGAUUGUUGGAGUGGUGUGUGUGGAGUCAAUAAAACUUGUUCAGAGGCUACUUGCUAUGAUGGUGUUCGAAAUGGUGGAGAAAUCGGCAUUGACUGUGAUGGUCCAUGUUUGCGUCGAUGUAAUGACCGUGCUUGUAUCUCAGAUGAUGAUUGCUGGAGUGGUGUAUGUGGAAUCAAUAAAACGUGUUCAGGUAAAUGA